AUGAUGCGGAUUGCAUUCUAUUUUUCUUCAUCUCUCGUUGCUCGGCAGCCUAGAAGUAUUGUUUUUAUUUCUUUCAUCCCUGUAGUGUAUAAAUUUGUUGGUGGUGACAUCACUUUUAACCCAAACAUUGAUGUAAAAACGUUCAAAACAAUUUGUGAAGAGUCCAAAGGAGUUCAAUUGUUUGAUGUACGCGAGCCGAGAGAACUGGAGACGGAUGGUCGGAUUCCUGGGGCUCUAAAUAUUCCUAUUGGCGAAGUAGAAUCAGCCUUCGGUCUUGGUGAGACUGAUUUUAACACAAAGUAUGGGGUGCCAAAACCAAAAGCUACCGAUGAUAACAUCAUUUUCUUCUGCAAGUCAGGGGGACGAGGCCUCAGAGCUUGUAAAUGUAUUGAGAAAUAUGGAUACAAAAGGUAUGAAUUAGUAAUUUUAUUCUUUGGCAGUACAAUACUUAAAUUUAAGACCUAA